CAACUUUCAGAUGAUUGCUAUGUUCAAAUAAUUGUUCGAGAAGGUUUGCCUCUUCCUCCGAUGUCACCCCUGCGCGGAGGCGUCAGUAGACGGGCAGCAGCAGCACCCCUCCCGGCCACGAGCACCGUUCAGCGAACGCUCCAGGGAAACGAUCGCCAUAGUGAACCGCACGCGGAACGCUCUUCUGAGGACACCAGCGCCAGUUUGACCGAUAAAGGUCGGCCGAAGAAGCUGAGCGUUUUGCGUCGGAAAAAUCGGCUUGUGUUUGUGUGUGUUGGCGGAGAGUGGAAAGACGGCAUCCGGCCUCCGAGAAGCAGGCGAGGGCAGGGACUCGCGUCCAAACAACGUUUACCGUCUCUGGCCCCCCCUGCCUCAGGGGCCCAUGGAGAGGAUGAAGAGGUUUAAGAGACGUUUGUCACUCACUCUGCGUGGAAGCCAGACGAUCGAUGAAUCGCUCUCGGAGCUGGCCGAACAGAUGACCAUCGAGGAGAACAGCAGCAAGGACAGUGAGCCCAUUGUGAGGAAUGGCCGGCCGCCCUCCUCCCACAGCAUGCACUCGUUUUUGCACCAGUACACGGGCUCCUUUAAGAAGCCUCCCCUGCGCCGACCGCACAGUGUCAUCGGGGGCAGUUUGGGGUCCUUCAUGGCCAUGCCUCGAAACGGCAGCCGUCUCGACAUUGUUCAUGAGAAUCUGAAGAUGGGUUCGGAUGGAGAGAGCGAUCAGGCCUCAGGGACGUCAUCAGACGAAGUGCAAUCGCCCACCGGUGUGUGUCUCCGCUCCAGAAGUCACCGGCGCAUAUCCAUGGAGGACCUGAAUAAACGCUUGUCUUUGCCUGCUGAUAUCAGGAUUCCUGACGGUUACCUGGAAAAACUGCAGCUAAGCAGCCCUCCGUUUGACCAACCCCUCAGCCGACGGUCACGUCGAGCCUCGCUGUCAGAAAUCGGCUUUGGGAAACUGGAGACCUACAUCAAACUGGACAAGUUGGGAGAGGGGACGUAUGCCACCGUUUUCAAGGGGCGGAGCAAACUGACGGACAACCUGGUAGCUCUAAAAGAGAUCCGAUUGGAGCAUGAGGAGGGCGCUCCAUGCACAGCUAUCAGAGAGGUGUCAUUACUGAAGGAUUUAAAGCACGCCAACAUCGUCACGCUUCAUGAUAUUGUCCACACGGACAAAUCCCUCACCCUGGUCUUUGAGUAUCUGGAUAAGGAUCUGAAGCAGUACAUGGAUGAUUGUGGAAACAUCAUGAGCAUGCACAACGUUAAGAUUUUCCUGUUCCAGAUCUUGAGAGGACUGGCGUACUGCCACAGACGCAAGGUCCUGCACCGGGACCUGAAACCACAGAACCUGCUCAUCAAUGAGAGGGGUGAACUCAAACUGGCAGACUUUGGUCUGGCACGAGCCAAGUCGGUUCCCACUAAGACGUACUCUAACGAGGUGGUGACCUUAUGGUACAGACCUCCUGAUGUACUGCUGGGAUCCUCAGAGUACUCCACACAGAUUGAUAUGUGGGGUGUUGGAUGCAUAUUUUAUGAAAUGGCUGCAGGUCGGCCGCUGUUCCCAGGAUCUACUGUUGAAGAUGAGCUGCAUCUAAUCUUCAGAUUACUGGGUACACCUACAGAGGACAACUGGCCCGGCAUCUCGUCAAUCGAAGAGUUCAAAUCCUACAACUUCCCCAAAUACAAGCCUCAGCCCUUCAUCAAUCAUGCACCCAGGUUGGAUACUGAAGGAAUAGAGCUGUUAUUGUCCUUUCUAAGGUAUGAGUCCAAGAAGAGGAUCUCUGCAGAUGAAUCAAUGAAACACUCCUACUUCAAGAGUCUGGGCAUGCGUGUGCACACACUGCCAGAAAGCAUAUCCAUAUUUACACUGAAGGAAGUGCAGCUUCAGAGGGACCCCGGUUACCGGAACUCCUCGUACCCAGAGACAGGCAACAGCAAGAACAGACGGCAGAGCAUGCUGUUUUAAGCUGCGUUCCCUCACACUCUUGCCCAUCGCUCUCACACUCUAACACACACACACACACACACACACACACACACACACACUUGACGGAUCAGUUCGACAGCUCUUAGUCUCCGUGACUGUGUUUUAAAGACUAACAGACUUAGUCCCCCCUCGCUCACAGAGAGAGGGGUGUUUGUUGCAUGCGUGGUGUAGGGGAUCGGCCGAACCUGUCGAAUCCCCCCCCAGUGUCCCACCAUCCAGCAUGCAGCCUUGAGCCAGAGCGCCCAUCGGCCACUCGUCUGGACGCCCUUCCCCUGUGUGACGCUUAGGGUGUGCGAGUGUGUGAACAUGUAUAUAUUUAUUGACGGAGGGGUUGUUUUGCUGCUAAUUGACUACUGUCUCUACGUAACUUCCUCACUCUCGGGGCGCCCCUCGUGGAUACAUCAGUCCCAUGUUUUUGUUUUGUUUUAAAAGAACGAUUAUAAUUCUGUUGAAACAUAAUGUUGAUAUCGCAGCUGUCCAUUGUAUUGUUUUACAGAGGAGGAAUGAAUGCCUAUACGAGUGUUUUGACUUAGAUUUUGGUUUUCUGGCAUGGGGAUUGUGCUUUAAACCGAGCGACAGACUCAAAACAUUCAUUCCAGAACCUCAAAUUUUAACGUAUCAUUUCAAGAAAAAGUGAAUUUGUUCCUUAAAGGCCGCAUCACGUGAACCAGGGACCAUCUCGACCAGGUGGACUUGCAAAACGAGAGUGGAAAAAACUAACACUGGACCAGCAGGAACUUUGUGACCUCACGGUUUUGAACUGAGAACCGGACCAUCCCUCCUUUUGCAUUCAUUCAGAGUGAUCCUAUUGGAACUGAAGUGCUUGUAUGCCAGAUGUGUUUUUAAUUCUUUCUUUGACCUUUAGAGCUCCUGAUGGAUCAUCAAAACCAGUUUCUUCUAUUAAUAGAGCUCUUCUGUAGCUUCCGAGUGUAUGCGACGCUUGUAAAAGAGCGAGAAAGUGAGGUUGUAUGUGUGAAAAUGGAGAACUGUAACUGUACAGAGCCACUUGAAAGGCUCAAUGCAAGCGAUGGCUAUGAAGAUGAGCUAGUUUCAUUAACAGUAUUAAGAGAUUUUUUUUAAUUUUUUUUAUGUUACAUAUUGACCCUUCUGUGAAUAAUGGUAUGUUAAUGUGGCAUGUUGGAGUUCGACUGUCCCACAUUUGAACUUGAUUUUAUUCAGAAGAGAAAACGAUAUUGUGUGUAUAAAAGAAAAAUGUAAUAACAAAAAAAAAAAAAAAAAACUUUUUGACAGCAGCGUUGGACCAAUGUUUCUUUUUCCCAGCAUUUAUAAACAUGAAGAACGCAGAAGAUAUCAAACAGAUUUUAGAUAACAUUUCUUUUAAACUGACAGAUGUUAAUUAAUUGUUUUCUGGAGAUGCGUGCGUGAGUGUGUGCGUGAUUGCGUGUGUAUACGUGACGCAUGGAGUGCGUGGUGUCCUGUAAGCUCCGCCUCCGUGAAACACUGACGCUCUCAGUCCCAGCUGUCGGCUGAAUUGACCGUUUAACUCUUUGUACUACAGAUAUUUAUUUCUCUUAAUCAGUGAAGUAAACAUGGUCUGUUUCAUACAA